UCGAUACAAGAAGCUCCAUUUUUCUAAUCUUCCUCACCUAAUCCCUCCCAUCUCGAAGGAGGUUCUCCCUGUGAAUCUAUCUAUCACUCGACUCGAAACCAUGAAGCUCGUCUUCAGAUUCGCCCUGUUGUGCGUCGCGGCGGUCUUUGUCGCCACACAGGAUGCCCAGGUGCAGGAACGACCAAAAACCUUCCGAAGGUUGAUACCUGCCGAUGUUCUCCGCGACUUCCCUGGAAUGUGCUUCGCAUCGACCAAGUGUGCGACCAUCGAGCCGACGAAAUCGUGGGAACUGGCGCCAUUCUGCGGUCGUUCUACCUGCGUACCCGCUGAUGACAACUCCGGCCGUCUCUUUGAAUUAGUAGAAGACUGUGGCCCGUUGCCCAAGGCCAACCCUAAGUGCAAGCUCUCUGACAAGACCAACAAAACCGCAAGCUUCCCCGAAUGUUGUCCGAUCUUCGAGUGCGAGAACGGCGCCAAGCUCGAAUAUCCGGAGAUCCCAACCCUGCCACCACCGAGUGAGGAUGCGGCGAAGGCACAGCCGGAAGCGCCGAAGCCCUAAGCCCGACACAAAAGCAAAAAGGCCACCUUGUCCCUGAGACGAAGAUUGCGGUGUAGCCUCCUCGACUCAAGCAAGAUUCAAA